UCCAGGCCUUGCUUGCUUCUGGAGGAACGUACACAUAUCAAGGGCCUCCUUUCACUCCCGAGGUCCAGGAACGAUAUUUCUUAUUUCACCGACUUGCAGGACAAUCCCGCCCACUGUCACCUCGUAGCUCUAUAUAAGACAGGGAAAAGGACCUGAUGAUAAGAAGUCGGUCUCAAGACAAGCCCAGCCAUGCAGUGUAAAGUCCUCGCCUAUGCUGUCCUCCUGACUCUGAUAAAGCAUGUGUCUUCGAGUGAAAUUCAGGCCAGUCCAAAUACAAACGCAACCCUCCCCUGCAACGUGACGCUCUUUGCUGAGGGGGACAACAUAAACCAGUCUCUGAUCGCAGUCAGCUGGAUAAAAAAUGGCUCUGAAAUCGCCUCGUUUGGAAAAGCAGCAACCCAAAUAAAGGAAGGCUUCAGCUGGGACAACGCUGACUUCGUCAAUGGGGACUUCUCGCUGGUCGUCCUCAAAGCCAGUCUUGACCUGCAGGGGAUGUAUGAAUGCACCAUCAGCUACAACUUUACUAUUCUGCACUACAGCAACGUUACAUUUAGUAUCAUCGCAUCUCCCACUCUCUCAGUUCCUCAUCAGUGGGUGGUGCUGGACACUAAGACCCAGCUUAAAUGCCAUGCAGACGGUUUCUACCCUCCUCCUGUCUCUUUUUCCUGGACCAGAGCGGGAGAAGUGAUUCAACCUCCUUACCAGGUUGAAGUUGAACUGACCCCAGAUGGGUACUACAGGGCUGUGGGGAACCUGACCUUCUAUCCUUCCCACGAGGACCAGAAUGUGACCUUUGGCUGCAAAGUCUCACACAGUGGAAACUAUCAAGAGCUGGAUUUUCAGCUCAGUAUCACCCGUCCUUCCACUCUUAGGCUUUCUGUCCUGCCGACAACCUCCAAAAACUCUCCUCUUACUCUUUACUGUGACGUGGAGAGUUUCUACCCAGAGGAAGUGUCUGUGUCCUGGUAUCAAAAUGGCACAACCCUCCCUGACCUGCCUGUCACUGAGCAGAAACCAGAUGGGAGUUACAGAACCAGACGCUACUAUACUUUAAGCCCCGAGCAGAGGGCACAGCGUGGCAAGGUGGAGUGUGCCAUGAACCAGCCUGGUUUAGUGAAUCCCGUCAGUAGCUCAGCAUACCUGGACAAGCUGGAUCCUCAGAAUGAGGCCCCAGUGCUGAAUAACUCGGCCAAAGCAGCCGUGGCUAUGAUGUGCAUCUCUAUAGUGCUGGUCUUCCUGCUUUGCUUUGGCUUUUCUUGGAGGAGAAGAGAUGAGAAACAGAAAUCUCUCAGCGUGUCAGGGAUCAUCCUCCCUCCCCGAGUGAUAGUAGGUCAAAAGGGGAGGGUGUCACUGAGCAUUGAAGGCAGGAGGGUGGACCAGGUGCAGACCGCAUGGUUUCUCAAUGACACCCCUAUUUUUGACAACUCCCUCGCAGGGACUUCCAAAGCUAACUUUAACUGCCUCUGUAACCCCCUAAUCACCAUCCAUCUACCCUAUGGUCUAACUCUCACCUCCCCAGUGUCAGAGAAAGGUCCUCUGCUGCCCUCCAGAGGUGAAAUGGGUUACUACAAGCUGCACACUCAGGGGCCGCUGCACUCGUCCAAAAACGGCACUCAACAGCUGAUCUCCUCGCUCACCUUCAUCCCCAAGAUUUCAAUCCACAAGGGUGCUGUGUUUAAGUGCCAGGUGUCCUACAUAGGCAAGGACAAGAUCGUGGAGGAGAGGGUGUCAGAGAAGUUCACUGUUCUGUCUCCUCCUGAGGUGUCAGAAAUACAGCUGGCAGAAACACAAAGAGACUCGGAUGUCAUCAGCCUGACAGUCCAAGCAUCCCAUUUCCAUCCAGACGUCAUCACUUUCCGCUGGUUCUGCCAGGGCGGUGAGCUCAGCCCCGUGGCGUCCCAGGCAUCGUCCUCCCCUCGGCCCAAUUCGGAGGGAUUCUUUUCAGCCUACAGCCAGUGUAAACUUCCCCGCGCUGAACUGGAGAAAGGAGCAACUAAAGUGUGGGUUAGCGUCCACCACAUUGCCCUGAAGCAGCCCAUCACCCGGGAGACCAGAGGAUUCAUCAGGAGGCCGUGCGUGUCUGAAAUUGUCAGCUCCACCAUUUCCCAAGAUCAAACUCUAGGAUGUGAAAUCACAGAUUUCUACCCUCCGAACAUUUCAGUGACUUGGCUUAGAUUCAGGGAGGGAGAGCAAGAUGAUGGAGAGGAGGAGGUGAUAGAGGGAGGAGAGAUAUGGGGCCCCAUACAGACUGAACCCAGACGCUACAGGGCGACAGCCACUCUGAAGAGAAGGGCAACAAAUCAGGAGAAAAUCGACAAAAGAGGAGGGAUUAUUUGUAGAGUGAGACACUGUUCCCUACAGGAUCCUGUUGAGAAACACUGGAGAAAUGCUGACAUUGUCGCUCCAUCCAUUCCUCCAUCAAUCUCAGUCUGCUGGAGCAGCGAAGGCAUUGGUGUGUUCUCCCUCUUGUUGAAGGGAGGUCACCCAAAGGCCAAGUUACAGUGGUCAGCAGGAGGACCCACGCUCUUGCCACUGGUGUCCAAUGAGACGGAGGAGAUCGGAGAUGAUGGACAAAGAGAAAUGAAAAGCGUGUGUGCCCUGGAGAUGUCCACAAGCCAACCGAGUCAGACAAACGAACCGCUGAAGAGACAAACAAAUGGAUAUGCAAUAAAAACAAAAGCGGCAGUCACAGACCCUGACAUCGAAGGAAUACAGUACAUCGACGAAAACGUGGAUGAGGAGAAUAACACCAUAGACAGGGAUGAGGACUCGACGUCAGACGGCGAGAAGGACGGAGAGGACGACCCGAGCGCGCUGCACAUCAAUAAGGUCAACUUGAGCAGGGUUCUCAAAGAAAACGAGAGGGCACGUCUGAGAGUCUGCGUGGAGAUCACGCACCCUGCUCUCAAGCUUCCUGUUUACCGGACAUGGACAGAGCCCAAUGAGGAGAAUUCAUCCACUGCAUGAAAGUCCUGCAUCAGUCUAUUUCUAUUAUGAUGUAUCUAAUAUUUAUCCCCUCAGGAAAUAUGAACUAUUACUGACACAGUUUAUGAUGUGAUCAUGCAUUUAUUUAUAUUCUUAGUCUAUUCUUACUCUGACAUCCUUUUAUUUUUUCCUUCCUGCUUAUUUUUACAAAUAUUAAUAUUUUUUUUACAAAUAAUGUUACAACAGUAAUUGAUUAGCUUUAAUCAGCGUUUUGAAAUAAAAGCUAAAUAUUCUAGUCUUUCAAGGCUCUCGUGAUAAUGAGUUAUUAGAAAAGGUUACUGCAGCAAGCCUCAUGCAAAGGAGAUAUCUGUUGUUGGUCAACCGACGUAUCGGAAAUUACUUCUCGUUUUAAAAGGCACUUCUGCUUUGACGCUGGGCUUUUCUUUUCUGUUUUUUUACUCUCCACUCUUGACCACAGCAGCACCGCCUCCGCAGUGCUGCGAGGAGGUGUUGUGCGGCUGAGCCCAAUAAAUAUAUAACUUCUUAGUUCUUUAGCUUGCAGCUUCUGCCUUUCAGUUCAUAGAGCAGCUACUUCUGCUGCAAAUAUGUUAACAGCCUCCCCGUAGAUACUGCAGCGCACCGUUUCAGUUCUUUGAUUGUAAAAAUAACGGUUAUCUUACUUCCACCUCUUCCAUGUUGUAGAAAUUGCAUAUUAUUUCCUACAUAUAAAAACAUAAACAGCUGCUUAACUACCAUUAGAAAUCGUUCUAUAUAAAAAAUAACAGAGCCCUAAAAUUUGCCCCAGAGUUACAAACCAAAUGAAAAGUGAGAAUAAUUGUGACUUUGUGAGCAUUUGAUUCGAUGGUGACAGUACGAAGGGCUAAAAACAUUUUCACUAAGAGAUAUCUGCUUAAUAAUGGAACUUAGAGGUGAGUCACGUCCAAUUGGUCAAUGACGUCACUGGAAAUAAGGUAUUUUUAAGAAGCUAAAAUCAGAUGAAACCAAAUUUGGGACAUGCUCUUUUCUAAUGCCAAUGUGACU